AUGUCGGCUUCUAAAUCGCACUUUCACCCAGGUUUACAACCUAAAAAUGGAAUAAUAGGAGGUGAAGAUAUAGGAUAUGGCGCAUGGGCAGUAGCCAGGGACAGAAGGAACAAGUACCAGUGGCUUCAAGUAACAUUUGAUAAGCUGAUGACUGUCACAGCCGUUCGAACCAAAGGCCGCUCCAAAGUGAAUCAUUGGGUUAAGACCUACAGCAUUGAAUACAGUAAGAAUGGGGUUGAUUUCAUGCCAUAUAAAGAAAACGGACAAAUCAAGGAAUUUCAGGGAAAUGUUGACCGCGAUACCGAAAAGCGUAAUCAGUUCUCMACACCUAUUGAAGCCAUUGCUAUUCGUUUCAAACCACAAACAUGGGAAGGCUAYCCGGCCAUGCGUGUAGGAGUAAAUGGUUGCGAAGCACCAGAGCCGGAGCCAACAAAAGCAGAACCAACAACACCGCCUCCAGUCUGUCAACGACCAAUAGAGAUAACUGGCCCGAUGAUGUCUGCUUCAUCAUCGCACGGUAGACUAGGAUUAAAACCUUACAAUGGAAUAAUUGGAGGCGCAGAGAWAGGAUYAGGCGGAUGGGCAGUAGCCAGCAACCAAAGGAAUAAGAACCAGUGGCUUCAAGUAACAUUUGAUAGGCUGAUGAACGUCACAGCCGUUCGAACCAAAGGACGCAUCCAUUUGAAACAAUGGGUUAAAAGCUACACCAUUGAAUACAGCCAGAAUGAGGUUGAUUUCGUCCCAUACAAAGAAAACGGACAACUCAAAGUCUUCCAAGGAAAUAGUGAUAGUAAUACCGAAGUACGUAAUGAACUAUCCAAACCAAUCAAGGCCAUUGCUAUUCGCUUUAGACCACAGACAUGGCAGGCUUACAUUACUAUGCGUGUAGGAGUUAAUGGGUGUGAAGCACCGAAACCAGAGCCCAAAUCAGACUGUGAAGACGGGGAACGUAUAAAGAUACCUGCCCGGAUGAUGUCUGCUUCCUCAUCGCACUUUAACCGUGGUUUACAGCCAGCAAACGGUAUCAUUGGAGGUUUAGAUAUUGGUUCAGGCUCAUGGGCAGUAAACACUUACCGAAGAAAUAAAGAUCAGUGGCURCAAGUUACGUUUGAUAAGGUAAUGAAAGUCACAGGAGUGCGAACCAAAGGCCGCUCCAAAGUSAAUCAAUGGGUURAAAGCUACUUCUUAGAAUACAGUAAGAAUGGAAAGGAUUUCAUMCCAUACAAGGAGAACGGACAGAUCAAGAUUUUCCAAGGCAAUACUGAUCGGGAUACUGAAGUUCGUCAUAAACUGUCCACGCCAAUCUGGGCCCUUGCUAUUCGCUUUAGACCGCAGACAUGGCACAUUUAUAUUUGUAUGCGGGUGGGGAUCGAUGGCUGCGAUGCAAUAGAACCAGCUGAAACACCAGCACCUACAGAAGCAACAACAGAAGCAACAACGCCUGAAGCAGCAACAACAGAAGCAACAACACCUAAAGGUGAUGCUUCAACACCAACACCAACUUCAGCUGCUCCAACAACAUUACCAAGAAGUUGUGAACUUGGAGAGGAAAUACAAGUGGAAGAAUUCAUGAUGUCUGCAUCUUCGUCAUAUAGUGACAUGCGUAGUGCCGCAAAGGGGAGGAUUUCAGAUUAUGACUAUUAUGAUGUUUGGUCGCCUAAAACACAUGACCAAAACCAAUGGAUUCAAGUGAGCUUUAAUGGAAUGACCGAAAUAGCAGCCAUUCUGACCCAGGGUCUCCCUUCGUCUAAAAGACUUGGUGAGUGGGUUAUGAGUUAUACCAUCGAGUACAGUGAAAACGGCAUUCAUUUCACGCCAUACAAAGAAGACGGGAAUGUCAAGGUCUUCAAGGGAAACACAGAUGGUCGUUCAGUUGUAACUCAAAAGCUGUCCCCACCGUUAAGAGUCGUUGCUAUCCGCAUAAAACCAAAGAAAUGGCGUGGGAUGAUAGCAAUGCGUGUUGGUUUCAAAGGGUGCAAAGUUAUGACUUCAGCACCACCACCAACAACAUCAGCACCAACAACAACACAGCCACCACCGCUACCAACAACAACAACAACAACAGCACCAGCACCAACAACUUCACCGAAAAGUUGUGCAGAUCCAAUUGACCUAAAGGGCUAUAUGCUGGAGGCCUCUUCGUCUUUUAAAGACGAACUUCGUCCCGAGUAUGGGUUACUGAACCAAGUUCUUGGACGAGGAUCUUGGUCGUCYCGCAAGAAAAAYAAAAACCAGUGGAUUCAAGUGAACUUUAAUGGAACGAUGGAAGUAACAGCAGUGAUGACUCAGGGUCGUUCGUUUAAACGAAGAUAUCKWCAGUGGGUGAAGACYUACACUAUUGAGUACAGYGAAGAUGGCUUUGAUUUCAAACCAUACGAAGAAAACGGGACUGUCAAGGUCUUCAAGGGUAACACCAAUGGCCAUGGCGUUGUAACUCAACUGCUUUCCCCAUCGAUAAAUGCCGUUGCUAUUCGGAUACGACCAAGGACUUGGUACAAAUGGAUUUCGAUGCGUAUUGGAUUCAAAGGAUGUAGCGCUCCUGAAGAAGAAAAAGGAGAAGGAGAAGAAGGUAAAAAUGGUCACUAA